ACUCACCUCAUGGCCAAGGGAGAAGAAAGGUGGAUAGGUGGAAAGAGAGAGUGAGAGAGAGAGAUAUUAGUAUGAAAGUGAAGGAGAGACAGGGAAAGUGAGGGAGGAAAUUGCGUGAAGGGGGCGAUAGUGGGAGAGCAAGAUGGAUUUGGUUUCAGAGUACGAGAGGGAGUGAUAGAGUGAAGAAGGGAAGAGGGAAUGAGCAAGACUGACAGGGGAUUCCAAGAGUGGAGAGUCAGCAGUGAGUAUGUUUGUGGAAACAGGAGGGAGGAUAAGUAUGCAGAGAAACAGAGAGGGUAUGGGAGAGAGGUGAGGCUUGGUUUGAUUCAUGUUGUGGUCAGAGCCAAUAGAAAGCCCCCAUCUAUGUCUAGGGGGAAGCAGAAGUGCGACUCCAAACCCAGCUGGAAACACACAGAGACACCGAACUAGAAUACUGAGACACAGAAACCCAAUGGCAUAGAAAGACAGAUUACAAAGAGAGGAGAAAAAGAUAUAUAAAUAUUUUGAGAUAAAUAUGGAUUAUUAAUAAACUCAAAGAUACAGACUCAGUGGAGAGAAACAGGACCACAGACCUUGGGACACUCAGCUGAAAGUACCCCUGCUGUUCCAAUGGAAACCAACACCAGGAUUCCCUCUACAGGACCAGUAAGGGUGGACAGCUACCCCUAACUGAGACAGGAUCACCCCACUGUCCUGGGACACUGGCAAGAGAAUGUUUUGGAGAAUCACUCUCCCGGUCCUACUGGCUGGGGUGCUCUGCGUUGCCACAGACACCAGGAAGCCCCGCCCCCAGGGCUCCAUCCCCUCACUUUUCAAGACCAAAGGCAACCUGUCGGAGCGUCAGCGCCUGUUGCCGCGGAAACCCGAAGUCCUUUCGUCAAGUCGGGAGGCCCUGGUGGUCACGGAGCGCCGGUACCUCCGGCGUGACUGGUGCAAGACGCAACCCCUCCGCCAGACAGUGAGCGAGGAGGGCUGUCGGAGUCGUACGGUGGUCAACCGCUUCUGCUAUGGCCAGUGUAACUCCUUCUACAUCCCCCGCCACAUGAGCCCUAGCUCAAAUCGAGGCCUGGUGUCCGGCCGGAAGAACCACAACAAGGCCCAAGAGCCCUUCCAGUCCUGUUCCUUCUGCAGGCCGCACCGCAUCACCCAGCUCACUGUGCAGCUGGACUGUCCAGGGCUGCAACCAGCCUUCCGCCAUCGCAAGGUGCAGCGUGUCAAACAGUGUCGCUGUAUGUCAGUGGAUGUGAGUGGUAACGGAAAACUGUGAAGAAUUCUUUGGAACCAGACCAUGACAGUCACCAUGGACACUAAUGUGACUGUGAUAGUGAACGUUAACAUGAAUACAGUAGACAUGACAGGGGACAAGCUAGUAGUACCUCUCCCCUAUAUUGGACUAUGCUGCAUUAUCACUUUGUACACAGGUCUACUGGUCACACAAAAUGAACCCUACAGGUACUGGUAGUACAGAGUGGCCCAUCUAUUAGCCCUUUGACUAUAUGGACAGCUAUGGUAAAAACUACAAAUUGCAGACAUAAAUGGAUGCAUUGCACAACACCAACUGAAGCACAGACAUGUUUCAGUUCAACACAGUCAGUCAUAUUAAACAACUGGGUCCUUGGACAUUUGGAACAUAUAAAAUCAUAAGCACAGCACCAAGUUCUAGACUGAAAGUGGAGCUCUUAAGCUGCCUAUGGCAUGCUGUGGACUGGGCUUACCUGGGGGAACUGUCCAGGCAAUAGGGCUUCAGAAAAAGAACCUAGUCUGUCUAAGUAUCUGCCUGUGGAUUUAAGAGCCACCUGUGAAAUAAUUGACACAAAUAUCAAGCUAGCCAGUAAAGAAAUUAUAUUACUAUUUUAUGUAUAACUGUUGUACUAUAAAUAUAUAUGUAUAUGUCAAAGGAUAAGUAGCUAUAAAUAUAUAUAAAAUCUAUUUCAUGUGAAACAUCUGUGUGGUCUGAAUGCAAAUGUUGUGGCAAUAAAGGAUAUAGUUGACUAA